UUGGGCCGAGUAUGGAGGAGUCGCCACCGGUGAGCCAGCCCCGUGUCCUCUGAACCGGAGAAGCUGCCGUGCUGCCGUAGUUCCAGCCACUCCGACCCAACCGGCCGUACUACCCUGUCGGAGCAAGAGGCGAACCCGCAUCCAUGCCGGUCCCGCUGCACCGGCUUCUGCAGCUGCUAGCGCUGCUGCUCUUGCCCCUGCCCGGUCCCGGGAGUUUUGGGAGUACCAGUACCGUGACCCUUCCUGAGACCCUGUUGUUUGUUUCAACUUUGGAUGGAAGUCUGCAUGCUGUGAGCAAGAGGACAGGCUCUACCAAAUGGACUUUAAAAGAAGAUCCAGUCCUGCAGGUUCCCACCCAUGUUGAAGAGCCUGCAUUCCUCCCAGACCCCAAUGAUGGAAGCCUGUAUACACUCGGUGGCAAGAACAAUGAAGGUCUGACGAAACUUCCCUUUACCAUCCCAGAACUGGUGCAGGCAUCCCCAUGCCGAAGUUCAGAUGGGAUUCUCUACAUGGGUAAAAAGCAGGACAUCUGGUAUGUCGUUGACCUUAUGACUGGGGAGAAGCAGCAGACUUUGUCCUCAGCAUUUGCAGAAAGCCUCUGUCCAUCUACCUCUCUUCUGUAUCUUGGUCGGACAGAGUACACCAUCACCAUGUAUGAUACAAAGAGCCGAGAGCUUCGGUGGAAUGCUACCUAUUUUGACUAUGCGGCCACUGUACCAGAAGAAGAUGUGGAGUACAAGAUGUCCCACUUCGUGUCCAAUGGGGACGGGCUGGUGGUGACUGUGGACAGUGAAUCUGGAGACGUCUUGUGGAUUCAGAAUUAUGCCUCACCGGUGGUGGCUUUCUACAUCUGGCAUCGGGAGGGCCUGCAGAAGGUGAUGCACACCAACGUCGGGGUGGAGACGCUGCGCUAUCUGACCUUCAUGUCUGGGGAGGUGGGGCGGAUCACCAAGUGGAAAUACCCCUUCCCCAAGGAGACCGAAACCAAGAGCAAACUGACGCCCACCCUGUAUGUUGGGAGAUAUUCCACCAGCCUGUAUGCCUCCCCGUCGAUGGUCCAUGAAGGAGUUGCUAUUGUGCCUCGAGGUAGUGCCUUUCCCCAACUGGAAGGCCCCCAGACAGACGGUGUCACAAUCAAAAGUAAUGAAGAAUGUGUGAUCACCCCCAGUGUAGACCUGAACAUUGACUUUGGAAUCAAAGGCAAGAACAAACUCAACUACUGGACCAAUUAUUGGCUUCUCAUAGGGCAUCAUGAGAUCCCCCUAUCUGCUUCUACCACAGUCCUGGAGAAAUUCCCCAACAAACUUCCCAGACAUCCUGAAAAUGUGAUCCACGCUGAUUCAGAGAAGAGUUUUGAGGAGAAGGUAAUCAAAAUAGUUGACCGGGACACAGAAGAACCAACUCCUACCACUCAUCAAGAUAUUGAAUUCACUCGAACCCCAGUAAAAACAGAGGCAGCAGUGGACUCCAUACUGAAGGACAUGGCUACAAUCAUCCUGUGUACCUUCCUUCUUAUUGGAUGGGUCGCCUUUGUCAUCACCUACCCAAUGAGCAUGCACCAGCAGCAGCAGCUCCAGCACCAGCAGUUUCAGAGGAGCUGGAAGAGAGGGAUCCAGCAGCUGCAACAACAGCAGCUUCCUUUCCAACCUCCCAGUGACCUGGCUCAGGACUCGGAUUCUGAUACCUCUGCUGGUUUGCACACAGAGAUCGCCCCCAGCAGUCCCACCAUGUCCCCCAAGGGCUCCAACCACUCUCAACAUUCCAGCAACUCAGCUUCCAAGGUCAGCAGCGCAUCACCACUGAGCAGAGAUGAGGACGAUGAAGAGACCAGCAUGGUGGUGGUUGGGAAAAUUUCCUUUUGCCCAAAGGAUGUCUUGGGACAUGGAGCUGAAGGCACGAUCGUAUACCGGGGGAUGUUUGACAACCGGGCUGUGGCAGUGAAAAGGAUACUCCCAGAGUGCUUCAGUUUUGCAGACCGUGAGGUGCAGCUGCUUCGGGAAUCAGAUGAGCAUCCUAAUGUGAUUCGCUAUUUCUGCACAGAGCGAGACCGUCAGUUCCAAUAUAUUGCUAUUGAACUGUGUGCAGCCACUUUGCAAGAGUACGUGGAACAGAAGGACUUUGCUCACCUUGGCUUAGAACCCAUCACCUUGUUGCAACAGACGACAUCGGGCCUUGCUUACCUUCACUCCCUCAGCAUUGUUCACAGAGACCUGAAACCCCACAACAUCCUUCUCUCCAUGCCCAAUGCACACGGCAAGAUCAAGGCUAUGAUCUCUGACUUUGGCCUUUGCUAAGAAGCGGCAGUAGGCAGGCACAGUUUCAGCCGCCGCUCCGGGGGUACAGGCACUGAGGAUGGAUUGGCUCCAGAGAUGCUAAGUGAGAUUGCAAGAGAGAAUCCCUGUGAGUUCUGUAUCCUUUUUCAGACUUACACCGUCGACAUUUUCUCUGCUGGUUGUGUCUUUUACUAUGUGAUAUCUGAUGGAAACCACCCAUUUGGCAAGUCCCUGCAGCGGCAAGCCAACAUCCUCCUUGGUGCCUACAGUCUUGACUGUCUGCACCCAGAGAAGCAUGAAGACAUUGUUGCUCAUGAACUAAUAGAAAAAAUGAUCGCUAUGGAUCCUCAGAAACGACCCUCGGCCAAGCACGUGCUGAAACACCCAUUCUUCUGGGGCUUAGAAAAACAACUGCAGUUCUUUCAGGACGUGAGUGACCGGAUAGAGAAGGAGGCCUUAGAUGGUCCCAUAGUGAAGCAAUUAGAAAGAGGAGGGAGGACAGUGGUCAAAAUGGACUGGAGGGAAAAUAUAACUGUUCCACUCCAGACAGAUCUUCGAAAAUUCAGAACCUAUAAAGGGGGUUCUGUAAGAGAUCUUCUCCGUGCUAUGAGAAAUAAGAAACACCACUACCGGGAGCUCCCCGAGGCCGUGCAGGAGACCCUGGGCUCCAUCCCCGAUGAUUUUGUCCGUUAUUUCACAUCUCGGUUCCCCCACCUCCUCUCCCACACCUACCGAGCCAUGGAACUAUGUAGCCAAGAGAGACUCUUCCAACCUUACUAUUACCAAGAGACUGAAGAACUGGGCCCCCCAGUGACAAAUGAUGGCCUCUGAGGAAGGGAUCAGCCUUCAUGACCCAGCAUUCAGAAUCCCCUCGGCUCAGAGAGCCAUGAAAGAGAAGCCACGCUUCUGAUGUUAAGUGCCUUAGACUGCCUGCCCUGUUCUGCAUCAGGGGGAUGCUGAGCCCUUGGAAGUGGAAGAAGUGGCUUCUUAUAACCAAAGGGAAAUUGAGAGGAUCGAGGCUGCUGGGGCUCUUUGGCUAUCAGGGCUCCCUGUGUAAAAUGGGCAAAGGUCAUGAAGGUCUUGAAGAGCUACAUCCGCCUUCAGUCUUUCUGCUGGGAGCAAACCUCUUUGGAUAUUGGGUUCUUGUUCAUCUGCUAGUUUGUG